AUGCAGGAAAGGCUAUCCAUGGAAUGUGAAUCUUCAGUGAUUGAAUAUUAUCACCCUGACGCUGUUCUUGUCGAAGCUGGAAAGAAAGGGACAUAUGGUAGAGAAGCCAUCAAAAAAGAACUGAUCGAAUUCGUCAACCUUAGUGGCGACUCAACUUUUGAGGCUAGUGAAGAGCGAUACCAAAUGUGUGACGGGUACAUCAUUUACAGUGGGCUCUAUGAGAACAAGACGGAGAAACUAGGGGUGGUCAAAGGGAAAUUCACUCAGAUAUGGCGAAAAGUUGACGACAAAUACUUACUACUGCUUGAUGAAUGGUCCGAAUAA